GAUAUCUAAAUAACAAUUUCAAUUCGGCCAGAUGCCUCUUGUUCGCUGUACUGGUUUCUUAACUGAGGGCCGUGCGUUGAACACAAUUAGCAGCACAUGGCCUCAAUAAUGAUGUCGUCCGUGACAAAGUUUGCCCGUCCUAUUAGGAAUUAUUCAUAUUCCGCACCUAGGAUUAAAGAAGGAAGCAAAUCAUCCAGUUUUAACAGCUAUAGGAAGAGUUUCAGCCAACUUUGCAUAGAACGAAAAGCUGAAGCUCACAGAAGCAUUCUGGUUAAGCUGAACAACAAAGAAGAGAGCAAUUAUGUCUAUCACUAUUGCCAACAAUUUGGUAAAAUAGCAAAUGCCAUGCAUUUCCAAAAUGUAAAGAAUUACGUUCUUAUUGAAUUUAAGAAGCAAUCCUGUAUUCCAAAUUUGCUGUCUUCUGUUAGCCAUUUUCAGAAUGACAAAAAAAUACCUGCUGAAACCCGUCUGUUGUGUUUGCCUUCACAAUUUAGCAAAAAGAAGACAGAAAUUCCUUCUGGAUCUUCGCUUGUCCGUUCCAUUGAAGAAACACCUUUGCUGUUGUCUGAUCUUGCUGCUGUCGACUCUAUGACUGAACAAAUGGAAAUGCUUUAUCAACACCUGCAAUUAACUGAUUUAGGCCAGCGUCUUCGUUUUUUCAUCUGUUCAACUCUGGAAGACAUGUUGAAGAGUCUGUUUCCUCACUGUCAUGUAUAUCCCUUUGGUUCUUCCGUUAAUGGAUUUGGCCGUAACAGCUGUGAUCUUGAUAUGAUCUUGAACUUGUGUACUUCGAAAUCACAGGAGAAUACAAACAACAGAUUAAAGUUUUUAACCAAAUUGAAGCAUGAUGAAGAAGAACGUAGUUUCUCCUGUCGAAAUCUCAAGGUUUUUGCUGAAAUGAUUGAGAAUUUUAUCCCUUCAUGUGUUCGGAUUAAUCCAAUAUUAAGAGCACGUGUUCCAAUUAUUAAGUUUUACCAUGAAGCUUGUGAUAUAGAAUGUGAUUUAUCUCUACAGGACACUUCUGGUGUAACCAUGUCUAAUGUAAUGUAUAUGUUGGGUGUGAUGGACCGACGUGUGUGUCCAUUGGUCUUCACAGUCCGACACUGGGCCAAAGUAAACAACAUCAGCCACCAACACCCUGGGCCAUGGUUGAGUAACUUCAUGCUAUCUUUAUUGGUCAUUUGCUUCCUACAGCUUCGGGCAAAACCGAUCCUUCCAUCUUUUUCAUCCAUUUUGAACGCUAAAGAAAAUGCACAGCCUACAGAUGUAACCACUGUUGAUGAUGAAACCUUAGUAGGUGAUCUGUUGAUAGAAUUCUUCAACUUCUAUUCUGUGUUUGACUUUAAACAACAUGCUUUGUCUCCAUUGCACGGAAAAUGUUUUCUAAAACCAGACUAUUCAGCAUUGUACAUAGAAAAUCCAUUAGACAUAGAAUUGAACAUUGCCAAAAAUGUCAGUAACAGAGAGAUGAUGAAAUUGACCGAAACCUUCAAAACGACAUUGUGGCAUCUGAACAACUCUGGAAUGUCUCUAGUCAAUAUAUUUCUGACUGAAGACUCUAAAAGAGUCUUAAAGAAAAAGUUCAAUGUCCACGACUUAUACAGAUGAUUUUUCUUCUUUUUAUUUUUACCUGUAAAUAAAACAAUUUAAUUUAUUUUGAUCAAUUUUGAUUUCGCAGCCCAAGGACAAUAUUUGCAGGGGUUGGCUACACUAAAUUUACCCUCUUAUUGCAGAAAUCAAGAUCUAUCCAAUCAAAAUUUCAUUACUCCUAACAGUGGAAAGCACUUUUAUAUACCAAUUUAUCUUUUGGAACUAUUUUCUGUUGAGACAUGUCAAGUUUAUUGAGGCAAUGUGACUUGCAGAAAAUACCAAUUCUAUUUUUUGGUAAGAUUUUUAACGUCAUUACUGGAAUUAAUUUCACAGUGAAAAGGUUAAAAUCCAACUGCAAUAUAAGUGGGUCUUCUGUUAUUGUUACCAGAGGCAGGGAAAAACGGAAGCUGACCAUAGCAUGUCUUUGUGCUCAGAUAGUUGAUAUUGAACUUAAUCAUUUUGUGAAUCACUAAGACCUGUAAAAGCCAGUGUGGUUAAUUCCAGCUUCUGUUGUAUGAAGCAAAUGUGAGACCAAUAUUAAUGGAAAACAAGUCUAUUUACACAAAAGUUUAUUGGAAAGGUCUGCGAUUUAACAUCCCUGAGCUACAUGAAGUUAAGAAAAUGUCGAGAUCAGAAUGUUGGACAGGCAUAUUGCAACUACAUGUCUGUGAGUGACUAUAUGUCAGUUGGUCAUGUGACAUUUUUCCAGAUGCAGUCUAAGAUAUCUGCACGAGCAGCAACAGCAGCACCAGCUCAGGUGUGGGAGCGUUAAUACAUUGUGGGCCUCACCUGUGCUUUGUAGAAUUGUGAUUUUUAUUCAAAGUCGUGUCUUUAUAGAUCUCUCUAGUUUCACUUUCCAAAGUAUUAAAACACUUCAGCAUUUAGAUGACUUGGUCAAACAUUAUACUUUUUUUAUUCACAGACCACUCUGAAAAGUGGUUGAAGUUUAGAAGACCAUCCAGUAGUAAAAACCAUGCCAAAGUAGACCUCGCCGGUGCUGGUGCCGUGUGAAAAAGCAUCCAGUACACUCUGUAAGGUGGUUGGUGUUAGGAAAGGCAUCCAGCUGUGAAAACCAUGCCAAAGCAGACAGUCCUGAUGCAAUCUUCUCACACUUCAGCUCCGGUCAAACCAUCCAACUCCUGCCAGCAUGGAAAAUGGACGUUAAAUAAUGAUUGUGAUUUAACCCCUUAGCAUUCAGAUUAUUCUGUUAAAUGUAAUGCUUAUUUAUUCCCCUAUUUUUGAGUUAAUCAGGCAUUGGCUCUUGUAGCUUCAAGAUUUCGAUGAUGCAAUAGUUUAUUCUUAGAAUAACAUUGUUGGGUAGGUGUGAAAGGCUGGAUCUGGCCAGAUUGAAUGUAAAACAAGAAUUAUUUAGGCAGGAUAUGGCUGGUUUAAAUGCUAAAGGGUUAAUCAUGCAUUAUCUCAUAGCUUUGAGAUUUUGAUGUGGUUGCUAGAAUGACAUUGUAACGUAGUUGUGACGAGCUAGAUAUGACUAGUUUCAACUUAAAAGUUAUAUUUAUGUAUACAUUUAUAUUUACAUAUAUUUAUGUACAUUCACACACAAACACACACACAUACAUCAGUGACUGGUUAUCAAUUGAAUAUUUUUGUAAUGGAUUUUAUCUAUUGCACUCUGGUCUUUUUUUUUUUAACCCAUUCUGUUUAGGGAGGCUGUUUUUAUAAAGUUUUCAGCAAAUCAAAUCUGGUUCGACUCCCUAUUGUAGCUGCAGUGUCACUUUGACCCAAUAACGCCCUUGUGCAUGAAUAGCCAGUUCCUACUCCCUUAAGUCAACAAGUGCCAAUUGCCCACAGAUCGGAAAAGGGGUUGCCCACUUCUGUUUUAUUACACUGGUCAUCAUCAGGAUAAAUAUAUACAGCUUUUAAUGCAAGUAAAAUAUUUUUUCAUCAA